AAGAGAUAUUUGUAUAAUAUUUAUAAAGUGUGAAAGGUAAAGGUAUGUUUACAAAACGGUCAGAGGGUGUAAAUGUAAAUAUGGGCAGGCGUAUUACAUGGAGCGAGUGCCCUGCGCAUGUGUGUGUUCCUCGAACGACGGUUGCAGGCGGAGCAAAAGGUUUUGAACCAGCCAUGGCCGAAAGUUUCCCGCUCGACGAGUUCCUCGACGUCGCCGUGGACGCCGCUAAAAUCGCUGGAGAGGUCAUUCGCAAGGCGUUCUACCGGACGAAACGCCCGGAGCACAAAGGGCAGGUGGAUUUGGUAACUGAAACUGAUAAGGCUUGUGAAGAACUUGUCUUCAACCACCUCAAACACAGUUUCCCUAAUCACAGGUUCAUUGGUGAAGAAACAUCUGCUGCUUUUGGUACCGAUGAGCUGACUGCUGAGCCCACAUGGAUCAUUGAUCCAAUUGAUGGCACCACUAAUUUUGUCCAUGGGUUCCCAUUUGUUUGCAUAUCUAUUGGCCUUACCAUCGAGAAGAUUCCUGUUCUCGGUGUUGUUUACAACCCAAUAAUGGGUGAGCUGUUUACUGGGGUUCAUGGGCAAGGUGCUUUCCUAAAUGGAGAUCCUAUAAAAGCUUCAUCUCAAACUCAACUUAUUUCUGCCCUUCUAGUGACAGAGGAUACUACAGAGCGCGAUAAACCUUCUGUUGAUGCAAUAACCAACAGAAUCAGUAAGUUGCUUUAUAAGGUGAGAUCUGUUAGGAUGAGUGGUUCCCUUGCAUUAGACCUUUGUGGUGUUGCGUGUGGGAGGCUUGAUCUAUGCUACCAUAUAGGAUUCGGUGGCCCAUGGGAUGUGGCAGCUGCUGCUGUAAUUAUUGGUGAAGCUGGAGGACUAGUCUUUGACCCGUCCGGUGGGGAUUUGGACAUCAUGUCUCGCAGAGUGGCAGCGUCAAAUGGCCAUCUAAAGGAUGCGUUGGUCGAUGCACUGAAGGGAUCCGCGUAGAACUCAAAACUAAAUCAUGCUACAUCUGUUGUUACUGCGUUACCGAAGGUAUUUUUUAGUACUCAAUCAUGUCUAGACACUGAAAAUUGCAUCCCAAAUUGAGUAAAAUCUGCUCUGGAGUUGAUGUAUUCUUAAUUUACAAUUAUAUGUGCAAUGUAUGUGACUGAUGUGACAACAAAAGACGAAAUCGUUCGUCCCUGCCACAUCCGACCUUAGAUCAUCACUAGGAAGAUAAAUUACGAGAUAAUCGAGACUGCAAGCGGUGGUGGGGGCAAUGUAUGUGACUGAGGCCUGAGGGUUGAGGGACAAGAAGUGGCUGUGGUCAAAUUCUGAAUUUCCACUUCUGCCCUCAAUUAGUUGCCCAAUUAAUGGGACAGCGUAUGCUGCUUGCUGGAAAGAUACAGGUAAGUUCCAGGGGCGAUAUGGGAACACGAUCCCUGAUCUGCUCAUAUUUAUCCCCAAUCCCCCAAUCUCGCCUGUGUUCGCCAGUGGUGGCUUCGGAUCGAUGGCGAUCCGGUCGACGGUGGUGGGAGCGAUUGUGGCGUACCGGAUCCACCUGGGCGUCGCUGCCGCCCUAGCCGCCGCGGCCAUCUCGCUCGCAAGCGUCGGCCCCAACUUCGCAACCGUGGCUGGCUUCUUCUGGCCCCUCCUCGUAUCCACUGUCGCUUUACUCGGCGCCGUCGCGAUCCUACUCCGGAUCUCGCCGCUCCCGCGGGAGGCCUACGAGGAGGGCCUUGUCGACUUCGUCGCCGGCUGCGCGGAGGUCUCUCAGCUUGCUGCGAGUGAGAGUUACCACCACGAGGGCGAUUCGGAGCCGUGUGAUGAAGAGGCGGAGGCGGAGCGCCCCAUGUAGCAGCGAGGGAGUCGGAGACGAUGAGGCAACCUUUCAGAUGCUCCGCAGGAACGGGUUAGUGUGCGUAAGACCGCAUACGUUUAUCGAUGAGAUUGGACGACGUGCGCCUUUACCAGAGGCGGCUGGAUCCGAGUCGAGCGUGUGUCAUGUAAGAGUAAUUUAGCAGCGUUGCAGUCUAGGAAUAAAUCGUAAAGGCUUCAGUUUUAUA